GAGAACCGGCGCGUGCAUGUCCCGUUACAGCGGCCAGGUGUUCGGUACCGGACAGAUCUUGUGUAGUCUCCUCCCGUUCUCUCUCAGGAUGAUCCGUCCUCUGCUCAUGUGCUUCGUGCUCUGCGUCGUUUACGGCAGCAGCAAACCGACCGAGACCAAGAAAGACCGCGUUCAUCACGAGGAGCCUCUGAGCAGCCUGGAGCACGACGACGCCAACAACCACGACUACGACCACGAAGCCUUCCUGGGACAAGACCAGGCCAAGACCUUCGAAAACCUGCCGCCCGAAGAGAGCCGGCGCCGCCUGGGCGUCAUCGUGGGGAAGAUGGACAGUGACGAGGACGGCUUCGUGUCGGAGGAGGAGCUCCGGCUUUGGAUCCGCAGCGCUCAUCAGAAGCACAUCCACGGCAGCGUGGAGCAGCAGUGGCACGACUUCGACCAGAACCACGACGGACACAUCAGCUGGGACGAGUACAAGAACGUCACCUACGGAACCUACCUGGAGGACCCGCAGGCCGACUCGCACUUCGACUACGGUCACAUGAUGGCGAGAGACGAGCGGCGCUUCAAGGUGGCCGACAGGAACGGAGACCUGCUGGCCGACCGCGUGGAGUUCGCUGCCUUCCUGCAUCCUGAGGACCACGAACACAUGAGAGACGUGGUGGUGCAGGAAACGAUCGAAGACAUCGAUAAGAACGGCGACGGCUUCAUCGACCUGAAGGAAUACAUCGGUAAGUUCUUGCGUCUCGUUCACGCAGCAGAAACAUCGUAA